AAAUUGUAAGUGGGUAUCUUGUGAUCAGGAGCAAAAUGAAUAACUCAACGUACAUAAACUCUUCCUCUGAAAAUGUGAUGGCCUUGGAGAGCCGCUAUAAAACUGUCGAGGUGGUGUUCAUCGUCCUGGUGGCAGGGUCCCUCAGCCUAGUCACCAUAAUUGGGAACAUCCUGGUCAUGGUGUCAAUCAAAGUCAACAGGCACCUCCAGACUGUCAACAAUUAUUUCUUGUUCAGCCUGGCCUGCGCUGACUUGAUCAUCGGCAUCUUUUCCAUGAACCUGUACACCCUGUACACUGUGAUAGGUUACUGGCCCUUGGGGCCCGUGGUGUGUGACCUCUGGCUGGCCCUUGACUACGUGGUCAGCAAUGCCUCGGUAAUGAACCUGCUCAUUAUCAGCUUUGACAGGUACUUUUGUGUCACCAAGCCCCUGACAUAUCCCGUGAAGCGGACCACGAAGAUGGCCGGCAUGAUGAUCGCAGCCGCCUGGGUGCUGUCCUUCAUCCUCUGGGCCCCUGCAAUUCUCUUCUGGCAAUUCAUUGUGGGAGGAAGGACUGUCCCAGAUGGGGACUGCUACAUCCAGUUUUUUUCCAACCCUGCUGUCACUUUUGGCACUGCCAUUGCAGCCUUCUAUUUGCCCGUUAUCAUCAUGACUGUCCUUUACUGGCAAAUCUCCCGAGCCAGUAAGAGUCGGAUAAAGAAAGGAAAAAAGGAAGCUGCCCAAAACCAAGAAACAGUUUCCCCCAGCCUUGUCCAAGGUAAAAUAGUGAAACCAAACAAUAACAAUAUCCCGACUAGCAGGGAUGGGUUGGAGCACAGCAAAAUUCAGAAUGGAAAAACCAGUGAAGAGACUGUGACCAAUAACUGUGUUCAAGGGGAGAAGGAGAGCUCCAACGACUCCACCUCUGUCAGUGUGGUCGCCUCCAACUUGAAAGAGGAUGAAGCUACCAAAGAUGCCAGACAGGCUUCUGCCUCCCAAGACCAUGUCAAAGCAGAGAACUCCAAGCUGACAUGCAUCAGGAUAGUCACCAAGUCCCAAAAGGGGGACUGCUGUGCCCCUACCAACACUACCGUGGAGAUAGUAGGCACGAACGGGGAGGAGAAGCAGAACAGCGUGGCCCGUAAAAUCGUCAAAAUGACAAAGCAGCCAGCCAAAAAGAAACCACCCCCUUCUAGAGAGAAAAAGGUGACAAGGACGAUUUUGGCCAUCCUCCUGGCCUUCAUCAUCACCUGGACCCCAUACAAUGUGAUGGUGCUCAUCAACAGCUUCUGCACAUCCUGCAUCCCCGGCACCGUGUGGACCCUGGGUUACUGGCUCUGUUACAUCAACAGCACCGUCAAUCCCGCCUGCUACGCCCUCUGCAACGCCACCUUCAAGAAGACCUUUAAGGACCUUCUUAUGUGUCAUUACAAGAAUAUAGGAGCUACAAGGUAAAAAUUAUAAUGAAAAUUAUUAUGGAAAGGGUGGAGAAGUUCCAAAUUAAAUUUAAAAAAAACCCUUGAUGCUACAGCACUUUAUGAUCUUCUAUGGAAUGUGCACUCCAGGAUGUUAGUGGAAAUACUGAUAAGGGGCAUCAGCUGUACCCCUGAGGACUACACUUUAAAACAUUUUUUAAUAAAUGAAAAUAAAUCUUUGGGACAUGGGGAUGUUUGAGAAAUUAUUCAAAUAUGUGGACAGGAGGCACAAUUCAUUACUCUCUGACAGUAUUCUGCAGAAGGGCUUUAAAGUCUAUGAUUUUUGGUCAUUCUGUGUAAAAUACUUGUUCUUUCAUUCUCUUUUUCUUGUUCUUUUUUUUCUGUGUGUGUUUAUUAUGUCUUCAUCCAGGUAAAAAAAAAAAAAAAAAAAAAAAAAAAACAAAACACCACAAACCCAAAUUUUAAUAAUAACUGUGUGGAAGAGGCAUAGGAGUUUGGAAGAUCAUUGCAUAAUCCAAAUCAAUCAUGGCAGAAAUUUUCUAAAGCUCAAAGCUGUCUAAAGCUGUUUUGCCACUGUUAUGUAAGAAGCUGAAUGUUAGGUAAAUCAUGAUGAAAGAUUUUAUGUUGUUUAUGACACCACCAUUUCCAAAACCACAUCAGUUCUGAAAGUGUUCUUAUGCACAGCAUGUAAUCAUUGUAUAUUGUUCCAAGUCUGCUGCUUGCCCCAUCCCAGGGGCUUUUGUUCUGUGACUAUUUCAUCAUGUCAAGAUCAAAGUGAAAAGACGUGGUCUCGCCCAGAUUGCUACAUGCCAAGACUUCUUCAGCAUCCAUGUAAACCAAAGCUUUUGAGACAAUUUUGUUCACUUUAUUCGUCACAUAACAUCAACCUGUGGAUUUGUCUUUUACCUUCAUCAGCCUUUUCUUCCUUUCUGUACCUUACUUGUCCAGGGCAUGACUGAACAUCAAAAGAAGCUGUAAAUUUAAAGGUCUCAUCCAGCCAGCCACCAUGGUGGCCAAACAAAGGAUCUCAGCUGAAGAAUAGAAACAAGAUUAUUACUAGUAAAAUGAAAAGCUACAUCCAUUUAAAGUUGGAUGUACAGAAGAAGAGGUAUGUUGAGGCUUCACAGAAUGAAUAGAUAGUAUUAGAUGACCAUGCUCUUGACCAGUCAAAAGAUAAUUCUAUGAUUAAUUUAUUGAGGUAAAGAAUAGAUAGACUGACAUACCCACCGGGAUCAAGCUCUGCUAAGCCCUUAGAGUGAAACUGGGGUUCUUUCUGGGUGAAUCCUGCACAAGAUUUUUUCUUUCUGGAAAAGAUAUUGGUCACGUUGCCAUGUACUAUCUGAGAGCCAUAUUUUGACUGUAAGUCAAUGGGUAACACUAAUAAAAAUGUAGACAGGAAAACUGUGAUUAUAGAAAAACAGAUUAUAUAAUAGUCUUUAUGGGAGUCUGGCAAGGGUUAAGUUCAAAUAUUUUUUGCUACUCUACACUAGGUGAAAUUUAGAUCAUUUUUGCUUGACAAAGAAUUUAGUAUUCCAAUAUUUGAUAUUUGCUGUAGCAAAACAAAACAUUUUGUAGACAGGUCAGAAAGUAUCAGAUUACCGAAAACACAGAUUGUCUGUGAGUUAUGCAUAUUUUAUAUACCUCCUUCUUAGUACCUCUAAUUUCCAGGCCCUAACAAAGGUAUAUUUAUAUAUUUUCUUACCCAAAAAAAGAAUAGGCUGUGUCCUGAGAAUCUCUUUUCUGGAGUGAAAGCCACCCACCAAACAGGACACCAAUUCAUCUGGUGAUUUCAUGCUACAACUUCAGAGUAUUCCAAAAUGCACCUCAAAAUAGGAGCCUCUGAGAUUACAGAGAAAUUAAUCUUGCAGAAUUAAGUUUUACAUUUGACAAGCUUAAUGCAACACAGUAUCAAAGCACUCUGGUAUCAUGACAAUUUUCAUGUUUUGCAGCACAAGUUCCCAGCAGAAAGUGAAAAUGAGGAAGAUUAAACUGCAGUAAAUUAAGGCCAUGUUAAAUUCCGGAUUAACAUGUCUUAAUAUGAAGUCAUUGAAUUUAUACCCCUAGUGAUUUCAUCCAAAUAUAACUGUGUCUAUACAGCCCGGGAUCUAAUUUUGCAACCCUCACUCGCCUUGAGUCAUAUCUACUAUCACUGUUUUAAUCUUCCUGCUUGUAAGGAAGAAUAACUAAAUGGCAAAGCUUGCCAAAAUGAGCACUGCUUGCCUUUUAAAACUUCAUUCACUAUUUAUCUUGAUAGGUCAAAGGAAGGACUUAGAUAUUCCUAGCUUGUUCAGUCUCUUACAGUGUUAGAAAAAUCCAGAUAAAGUCCUGAGAUAGAAUAAAAUCAAAUAUGUUCAAUUUUGAAAUCUGACUUUUUUAGAAAAGUUUUGUAAUAGAAACACACCUACAUCUUUCUUUUAGCAAGUGCUGUGGGUAUUAAUAGUACAGAUACUCAAACUGGGAAAUAAUGGUUUGUAUAGAAAUGCUUAAUCUUUUAAAUCUGGUUGUCUGGCAGGCCUGCAAAUCCCUUAUUCUCACAUUAGAAGCUAUCACUUGUUCAUAAUGAUUUAUUCUAACAAAUAAGGACACUCCUACAGGUUAAGAAGUGUGACAGAUGGAUUGCAAUUAUACUCCUUCAUCAUGUGAUAUUAUGACACUCAAAAUACCACAGGAAGAAAUAUAUUUUGGGGCCAGAAUUCAUGAAAAAAUACAGGCAAAGGAAAAACAUAAUUUCAAAGUUUUCCAGCACUUUUCCCUAGCACCACCCUCACUUUUGAUCUCAGAUGAUGCUUUGAUUUGUGUUAUAGUAUAUUUAAAAGGCACACAAUAGUAUAUUAAAGGACACACAAUCCUCUGUGUUUCCACUCUGUAACAGUUUCUGGUACAUUUACAUUUGCAGACAAUUAAACAGUGUAAAAACAGAUGACAUAGCACACCUAUGCAUGGCUCCACAGGCAUGCAAACGCACAACCCUACAUGGUUUAUAUACAUGAAAAAAUAACCAACUAAAAUUCACGGUAUUGCACGGAACCUUGCCUGCCUAAUGUGCACUGCCAGCUGCUGGGAGGUGCAGAGCCAACAUUUAUUUCUCUUUCUCACCUCUCCUGAAGGCAGAGAAGAGGCAGAAUGUGCCCUCAGAUAUUGGGAACCUCUUGGGUCUUCAGGUGGUUGUGGCUCAGUAAGACAAAAAUGCGCUAAUGAUCCAGACCCAAAAUAAUUUCUUCUUGAAUAUCCUUUGAGCUUUCAUGUCUUUCCUUUGUGUCCCAAACCACGUUCACCAGGUUUCACUUCCCUCCUGAGUGAUAGAUCUGCAGGAUCUAGAUGUCAAUCUUGAAGAGCAGCUCUCCCUGGGUAACCUCGGCUUCCCUGGCUGUCACCUGCACCCUGUGGUCCCCAAGGUGGCCCUGCUGCUGGAGCUGCUUCACCUUCACCUUCAGCUUGGCCAGAGGAUCCCACCAGCACAUUCACACCAUGUGCUGUGCUGGCCACUUCUGUUUCACAUAGAAAUCCAGAACACUGUGCAGGUGACUCAUGACAACAAAAAGAAAAAGAAAAAACAUCCCAAAAAUGAUAACCGACAACAAAAAAUCGCAGCGAGGACUUCUUGCCCCCUCCUUUUCUUCCUCUUUCAUUAUUUCCAGAAAGAGGCAGCCCACAGGGAGUGAUUUGUGUUGUCAUGGGACAGCCCUACCUUCAUGCUCCAGGAAGAGAAGAGCAACUUGGAGAUGCAUCAACCCAAUGGGCAACUUUUCUGACUAUUAAAGAUGUCUGUGGUCAAAGAGAAAAGAAGAAAGGAAGAAAGGAAGAGAAAAAAAAAAAAAGAAGAAGAAAAGGAAAAGGAAAAGGAAAAGGAAAAGGAAAAGGAAAAGGAAAAGGAAAAGGAAAAGGAAAAGGAAAAGGAAAAGGAAAAGGAAGGAAGAAAGCUGAAGCAAUGUUUAAAAUCUUUUUUCCAGCAAAAAAAAAAAUCUGAGAAAAACUUGUCAGCCUUCUUUCUGAGAUUUUAAUUUGAUUUAUUAGGAAUCAUAGGAUCUAUUGAAAGAUUGCAAAUCUUGAAUGUUGCCUGAUGAAAGGCAGUCCAAAGACAACAAACACAACUAUAUAGGUCAGAUUGCUUUUUCUUGCUUUCUUUCAUUGGAUUUUUUUUCCGUACAAAAGCUCACAGGGAUGGGAGUGUCCAAGUGGACCGCAGAGAUUAGUUGUCUGGCAUUCACAAAGCAUGAAGGGGACAAAAGCAAGUGCUAAAUCUAUCAGCCCUCUGCUUUAUACUCUUCUGGUGGAGAAAAACAUAUUGACAAGAAGAGAUGCCUUCAAGAAGUGUGGCUGUGGUGGAAACAGCCCACACACCACUGAAGAAACCCUUGAAGUGGCCCAGAAGCUCCUGGCCUCUCAUCCAGGGAUAGGAGCAGGAGGGCAGAGAUUUUUUUUUUAUUUCAUCUCCUUAUGGAUUUGAGUGUGUCCAUCUGUCUGUGGGACUUGCUAGCAAACUGACUGUCCCCUUCCCCAGUUUUGACUGAUUCUGAUCCCUGUUCUUCAUUCCUAUGGAUGGGACAUUUCUAUGGAUGAGUGAGUGCUGCCUCAGGAAACAGCUCCCAGCUUGUCCUGUGGUGCUGGGGUGGCACACCUUGAUUUUUUCCCCUCUGCUGACAGUACCUCUCCUUGCCACUUCUAUGCCCAAAAAUUAAUCAUGGCAGUGGCCUAGCAGGGCUGAAUGGGUAAAGCAUCCUGACAGCCAACUUGCUGGAAACUUGGCAUGAAUGCAGCUUGGGGGCAGGAGUGGAGUAGAGCUGUGCUGAUUUUUCUCUCUCCCCUUAAAAUACUUUGGAAAAAUCUUCAUUUUUUGACAAAUUUUUGAGUUUCUGGUAUAUUACAAAAUGCCCUAGACUUUUAAGGAAUCUUUCUUUUUUAAAGUUUGUAGAGAACCUUGCCUUGAAGGAACCUCAGAGAUGGUCUUUAAUUUUCUGUGGCCUCUUUUCUCUGCCUGUUUUUCCUCUUUUGUCACAGUUUUACCAAAAAGCUUUCCUCCUUACUUUAACAAGUGUCACCUGUGUUACAGCUACAGGCUUGUAGUUUCACUUGCCUUUCAGGCACUGUCAAUGCUGGUAUUUAACUUCUUUGACCCCCACCCAAAACCUUCCCUAGCAUGCAACAGCCUCCUCCACUGAAGCCCAAGCUACUGUGUGGAGUGGCAUGUUCCAUAAAUCCUUUCUGCAUGGGUUUUAAAUUGGAAGUAAAACAAACCCUCUGAAGAAACAAAGCCAAAUCAGCUUUUUUGCUCCCCAGUUGUGUUAUCUCUGUGCUAUGCACAGUGGUGGGUAAUGUCCAAGAGUGAAUGUGCUCGUAGUGGGAUAUCAUGCUGCCACAUGCACGGAUUAAUUUUCUCCUCUGUGCCACAGAAAGGAAGGCCUGCCUUCCCUCAAAUCCCCUUUCAUUCAUGGGCUUAUUGGCAAAGCAUUCACUGAGAGCCCAAACCUAAGAAUGUAAUUACAGCAAGGCUGAGUUGAACAUCUACCACAACCAAUGCAAUUAUUUCUCCUAUAUUUUUACUUCCCUGCUUUUGCAAUGGCCUCUUUUGCUGCACUGAGGAGCUAGUGGGUUACAUGAGCAUAUCAGUCCUCCCAGGCCUCAUAUUUCAGAGUACUGGGUAGAUUUGUUAAACACAUUUCAUUCCAGUGAUAACCAAAUAAAUGAAAAUAAAUUCUAGUGUCUUUUUGCCUUCCAAAGUUUUGCAUUACCUGAAGAGUGCCACUUAGUAACUACUCUUUUUGGUCUUUCCAUGGUGAGUUUCUUUUAAUCUCUUUUUUUCUUUUUCUCUUUAUUUUUUUUCCCCUCAAUCAUACUUGCCAAGAAGCACACAGAAACCAUUUUCUGAGAUGUCCCAAAGUGCUCUGACUCUGGCAGAAGCAGCUCUGUGUGGUACAUGAGGCAGUGUGAUCACAGUCUGUGUUACAGUGCCCUUGGAAGGAGAAUUUAUUUAAGAUAUUAAAUACUGAGCGUUUAAUAUCUGGACUGACUCACCUGCCAGCACUGGAGAAAGCACAGGGGGACAAGGUUGGUGUGUUCUUACUGGCAAAUGGACAAGCAAGUCACAGCUGGAUUGCCUUUCUGCUUCUCCCAGCUCAUGUAGGCUUCAGGGAAGAGGUAGGAAUUUCUGCCCCCUCUGGAGACUCUGUCUCUCCACCUCUACUCCAAAGACAGCCCUUCCCUGAAGCACACCCUGGCAGUAGUGGCAGUAAUAGUAAUAAAAACACUGGUGGGAGUGCCAUGACUGCCAAUCAACAGACAUCCUUCUAUCCUAUCCCUUAUUUCUGGUGCCACUUAGCUGAGGUGGUUGGUAAGUUAGAGACUAGCAAUUUGUAAAUACCUUUAGACAGUGUGUUUUAACAUGACCAACACCAUAUCUUGACUGUGUAAAAAAUAAUACAUUAUGUGUAAUACUAUCCAGAUAAGCUUAUAAUGUAAAUAUAUCUGCAAUGAAUGUCAAAUUAUGCUUUGAGCUCUAUGUAUGAGGAAGAACCUCAUCUCUUCUUGAGAUCUUUUUUAACUUAACAAUAUGAAAAACUUGUUAUUCAUUUAUAUAUAAAUAUAUAUAUAUAUAUAUAUAUUUAAAAAAACCUGCAUUCUUUUCUUCAAAAGAAAAUACUACUGCAAGAAAGAAGGAAUGCAUUACAUGUAUGUGACCUCCAAAAUCAUGUGGUAAAACCAGAAACUGAGAAUCUUACAAGGAGGGGACUGGUCAAAUUCUUGAUGCCGUACAUUUGAUCUCAUAUAAAUAAGAUAAGCACAAGUUUAUGGUUAGCUGUGUAAAGCUGACCCACUUGAUUAUAUAUACAUUAUAGAUAUAUAUUUAUAUAUGCUGUAUAGAUAUACAUAUAUUAUACACAACAUUCGUACAGUGGAAGCAAAGUUUGAUAAAGUUAUAUUAACUGGGAAUUUGGAUGUAAUGUUGUGUUCCAUUUGGAGGAAAAAUGUCUGUGUUAUUCAGCAGCAUUUGUUAUACAAGAUGAAGAAAGAAGGUAUUUCAUCAAAACAAGCCAUGAAGGAAUAGGAUUAUGAGGGUUUGAAACAUUUUGAAGAGACAACUAAAAUUACAUGCAAUAUAUAUGUAUGUACUUCUGCUGAGUUGUAUUCCUAGUUAAAGCAUUGCAUUAAACAGAGAAUUAUAAUAGUAAAAA